AACUGCGCAAGUCAGAGUGCUCAGUACAGUUCGUCAACAACAAAGAUCUAAACGUGCAUUUAUUACCGAUCACGUAAAACCAUUCCUGGCGGAGUAGUACCAAUAUGAGGGCGCUUAUCGCUUCUGUUUUGUUGCUGUUUGCAGUACACCCCAGCUAUUGUAUCGACACCGUGCCUGCUUUGAAUAUUACCAGCUAUGCGGGCCGAUGGUAUCAGAUGUACGCAGACUUGAUCGUUGACGAGACGUAUGAACGUAACAGCGUAUGCACUACCGCAGAUUACACGCUGAGGAAGGACGGUAAGAUCGGAGUUCAUAACAGUGGACGCGUGAAGACACCUGACGGUGAAGUGAAAGCGAUCUCGGGAUACGCCUACCGCAAGGACCCCAAGAUUCCCGGGAAGUUCGUGCUGCACUUUGAUAGCGUGCCCGUUGACGGGUCAUAUUGGGUGGUGAAACUCGGUCCAGUCUCUGACGGUCAGUACCAGUACUCUAUCGUGACGGACAGCACGACUCUACAACUCUUCAUCUUGUCACGUGACCCCAGCACGUACAGCAAGUAUAAUGACGAAGUCAUGGCGUUCUGCAAAGAGAACGGCUUCACGCACUUUUGGAACAAGCCCAGGAAAACCUACCAAUCCGAGGACUGCAAAUACCCGCCUAAACCAGACACUUUGCCCCAGUACCUUCGCGGACGUUUAAUAGAGUAAAUAGUAAUACAAGAGAAUAAAGUUUGUUGAUGUUACCUUAAAUAGUUAAAUAUCGUUUUCGUUUUAGCUGCUGUCUUGCAAUAGACAAUGAGCUCUUUCCUA